AUGGACGACGACAAUAUGAGCUAUGCUGGUAGUGAAUCAUCGUCAGUUGAUGAAAACGCUGCCAAUUUAUCUCUACAUAUGAAGAAUAUAGAAGCUCCUUUUUCUGUACGAUCGACAUGCAAAAUAGCAACGAUAAAAGGUCACUUCGGAAAAAAGAAACGUAAACGUGUUUUUCCAGUCAAAUCAAAAAACACAGAUUUAUUUGAAACACGAUCAUCCUUCAAACUUUCUUCAUCACUAAAACAUGCAAAUGAAGUACCAGUUAUUGCAAGAACGUCACCAAUCUUCGACAUUCAACAUUUUCAAAAAUUUCUCAAUGAUGUACAUGUGUGGGCUGAAGGCGGACGUUUAGAAUUUAUACCAGAUAUAUCGCCAUCGGUUGGAUUAUUUCACCAAAAUGUUUUUCGUUGCACGAAGUGUUUAAAAGAGACACUUAUGACAAAUUUUCCACCAUCACAUCCAAUCGAAUCAAUUCAAUAA